GCAAGAACCGAAGUUUUUGGCCCAUGAUGAACUGAACUGUACCGGUGAGUAAAUGAGGAGGGAGAGCAGUUCUAUUUUUACACGGAGGACGGAGGAAAUGGCGCCUCCCUGGCGGCUUUGCGGUGGUGCGUGGUGGUACCGGUACUCAUCUUAUCUCUCCUCACAUCACCGCCGUUCGCCAUUUACUGCGACGAGGAUGAUUGCUACGAUCUCCUAGGGGUUUCUCAGAACGCUAAUGCCUCUGAGAUCGAGAAAGCUUACAAUAGGCUCUCCUUGAAAUAACAUCCUCAUAUCCGGAUCUGGAAUCGAGAAAGCUAUUUGUAAAAAUUGCAAAUGCUUAUGAGAUUUUGAAAGAUGAAGCCACAUGGGAACAGUAUGACCAUGCGAUUGCUCAUCCAGAGGAGGAGUUUCACUCUGGCCAAAGAAGGAGUUUCACAAUUUUAUAUCUCCUUCUAGGAUCCUUGUGCUGUCCUUGUUGGUCUUCUUCUGGUUCUCUCAGCCUUUCAAUAGCCAAAUAGUUGGACAAGGUAUAAUCAGGCUGUGACGAUGGUCAAGAAGACACCAGCAUAUAAAAAUAGACUGCAGGCAUUGGAACUUGAACGCAGUGGAGGAACCACAAAUAAGAAGAGUACCAGGCAGAUGGAUAAGAAAAUUAAGGAAGAUCUCAGCAAAGAACUUGAGCUGGAUACCAAGGGGGUUGAAAAACCCUGUAUCUGGAAAUUGAUUGGUGUCCGUUUUGGCCUCCUACCUUACACACUUGGCAAGGUUAGAGAUGCUAGAUUGACUCCAGCUGCUCUUUUCGCAUGGCCAUUGGUUUCGGAGAUAUAAGGUGAAACAAGCCUCAUAUGCUUGGGAUUAUGCAUCUUACCUGAUGAGAAAAUCCCUUGGUGUGCCUCUUGAUGCAUGGAUGAAUAUCAAUGAUUCAACCAAGAAGGAUCUUGUCCAGAGAGGUGGGUGAAGUCCAAUUUGGAGAGCUACCUAACAGAAAUGCGUAAAGAGUACAAGCGCUGAAGAUAGCAAAAUUUCUUGCUUUGACGUUACAGCCAAGCUUGCUGACUCAAGAUCCUCUGCUAGAAAUUAUCAUUAUCAUUAGGCAAAAGCCUACAUUUAAGUUUGAAGGUUUUAGCUCUUAUUUUAUAUUAUGACAGUUUUAACCCCUCAUUUUAUUAAAUUUAUAAGUUUUUACCCCUCAUUUUAUACUAUGACACUUUUAGCUCCUCAUUUAUUAAAAUUGAAGAAAAUAGCUUUCAUUUU